UUGCGGAUUUGACGCACUCACUUCCUUCUUCUACACGCUCAGCCUUCAGCUGUCAAUAGGAACACGUUAACUCAUAAAAAACCAGUCAUUGUGUUUCACUGAAGGAGAAAGGACCACAGUAAACAGCUGCUGUUUCUGUCCGAGUUUGCUUGAAAUGGCGGCAAAGAGCGAACCUAUUAUUAGUGUUGUCCCUAAUGAUGAGGGGAAGGAGAAAUUCAAAAAAAGUGAGAAUGUUGCUUUUUACAGGCGACAGAUCCAGGGUCCAAACCUGAAGUACCGACUUCUUUUGGAUUCCCUUGUCCUCACGGAGAAGGGCGCACGUUUUGAGCUUUUGGAAGAUGGCACAAAGACCAGACUGCUUCUUUCUUUGACACCUUCCAAAAACGACACCGUAAGGAUCGUAAUAGACGAGAUCUGGCCCAUCAAAACUCGUUACAGAGUUCCAGAUGUGUUGACCGGGGAACCUCCUAGUGAACAGUUGAGAGUGGAGAGCAAGACUAAGGACUCCGUCACCCUGUCCUGGUCUUCAGGACGAUACCAGGUCAGAGUGUGGCACUUCCCUUUCCGGCUGGAGGUUUUGUGUGAUCAGGAAGUGAUCGUCACCUUCAACUCCAAGGACAAACUGUGGUUUGAAAGCUUGCAGAAUAAACCCAGUAAGCUUGAAGAGGACAAGAAGUCACUGUGGAGGGAGACUUUUAGGAACUUUGAGGACAUCAAAGCAAAUG